AUGGAAGAGGACACAAAUAGCGAACCGCACCUGUGGGCGCGCUACGUGAACCCGGUGCUGGCCGGCCUCUACGCCGCGGCGGGGCUCGACAAGCGGUUCGUGCGGGCCGACGGCACCCACCUCGAGGACUCCACGGGACGGCGCUACCUCGACUUCCUCGCCGGCUACGGCAGCGUCCCGCUGGGCCACCACCCGGCCGCCCUGUGGGCCGUCGUCCACGCCGCCGAGCAGUCGCGCGAGCCCAUCUUUUCCAUCCCCGCAUUACUCGACGGCGCCGGCCGCCUGGCUGAGGCCCUGGUCAAGGCGGCCGCGGCUGAAGGCAACAACAACGACGACGAGGCAAAGCAGCAGAGGCAACUGCGAUUCGCCAUGUUCGCCAACAGUGGGUCGGAGGCGGUGGAGUGGGCCAUUAAGCUGGCCCGCACGCACACGCAGCGGCUC